UCCAAGGUGAAGGAUAAGAGGAUGAAAGGCGCGGGCUGGAGGAGUUGAGAAGAGCAGCCCCCGAACUUUGUCUCCUAACCAGGGCCCUCCCUGCUUCUCGGUGCUGAGCAGCGCACGCCUGCACGCUGCGUGGGGAGGGCAGGGCUGACACCACUUCCUCCCGGAGGCCAAGGACCUUGGGCCCCCAGCUGCCUGCAGAGCACCGAGCCCGGCCUCGCGUCUUCCAGCAUCUCCGCGCAGCGCCCGUCUCCUGCAUCCCUGCAUCCCGGCACAUCUCCCGACACAGCCGUCAAGAUGGGGGAGUCAAAUGAAGACAUAGACCAAAUGUUCAGCACUUUGCUGGGAGAGAUGGACCUCUUGACCCAGAGUUUGGGAGUCGACACUCUUCCCCCUCCUGAUCCCAAACCACCCAGAGCGGAAUUUAACUACAGUGUGGGUUUUAAGGAUUUAAAUGAGUCCUUAAAUGCACUGGAAGACCAAGAUUUAGAUGCCCUCAUGGCAGAUUUGGUGGCCGAUAUAAGUGAAGCUGAGCAGAGGACAAUCCAGGCCCAGAAGGAAUUUUCUCAGAAUCAGCACCACUCCACCCCUCCCGAGGCAUCAGAUUGCAGGGGUGCAGCCUCACUUAGUUAUGGAGCAGACACCACUGUAGUUAGUGUUAGCCCCUAUGAGGAUGACUUACCACCUCCACCAGCAGAUCCCAUGUUAGACCUUCCACUGCCUCCACCACCUCCUGAGCCUCUCUCUCAGGAAGAAGAGGAAGCCCAGGCAAAGGCUGAUAAAAUUAAGCUAGCAUUGGAAAAACUGAAGGAGGCCAAGGUUAAGAAGCUUGUGGUCAAGGUGCAUAUGGAUGACAACAGCACUAAGUCCCUGAUGGUGGAUGAGCGACAGUUGGCCCGGGAUGUUCUGGAUAAUCUCUUUGAAAAAACUCAUUGUGACUACAAUGUGGACUGGUGCCUUUAUGAAAUAUACCCUGAAUUACAAAUCGAGAGAAUUUUUGAAGACCAUGAAAAUGUUGUUGAAGUUUUAUCAGACUGGACAAGAGACACCGAAAACAAAGUACUGUUUUUGGAGAAAGAGGAAAAAUAUGCUGUGUUUAAAAACCCUCAGAAUUUCUACUUGGAUAACAAAGGGAAAAAAGAAAGCAAGGAGACCAGUGAGAAAAUGAAUGCUAGAAACAAAGAAUCCUUACUUGAGGAAAGUUUCUGUGGAACAUCUGUCAUUGUACCAGAACUCGAAGGAGCUCUUUAUUUAAAAGAAGAUGGGAAGAAAUCAUGGAAAAGGCGGUAUUUCCUUUUACGAGCUUCUGGAAUUUAUUAUGUUCCCAAAGGAAAGACAAAGACAUCCCGAGAUUUGGCAUGUUUUAUACAGUUUGAAAAUGUUAACAUCUACUAUGGGAUUCAGCAUAAAAUGAAAUACAAGUCACCCACUGACUACUGCUUUGUUUUAAAGCAUCCUCAAAUUCAGAAGGAGUCUCAGUAUAUCAAGUACCUCUGCUGUGAUGAUGCAAGAACUCUCAACCAGUGGGUUAUGGGAAUAAGGAUUGCCAAGUAUGGAAAAACUCUCUACGAUAACUAUCAGCGAGCUGUGGCAAGAGCUGGACUUGCCUCUCGGUGGACGAACCUGGGGACUGUUAAUGCAGCUACACUAACUCAGCCUUCUACAGGACCCAAAACAGGCUCCAUUCAGCCCAAUGGUCAGAUUCCCCAGGCUGCACCUUCUGUCAGUGCUGUUCUCCAAGAGGCCCAGAGACAUGUCGGAACAUCUAAGAUGCCCUCUAUUAGUUUUGUGAAGAAUUUAACAUCUGCCUUCCCAAAUGUGUAUAACAUAUCACGGUUUCAUCAAAAGACACCAGCAGUGGGCUGUUGCAGUAAAACACAGAGUGGCGAGAAAUACACUGAUCCUUUUAAACUUGGCUGGAGAGACUUGAAAGGUCUGUAUGAAGAUAUUAGAAAGGAACUGCUCAUAUCUACAACAGAACUCAAGGAAAUGUCUGAGUACCACUUUGAUGGCAAAGGAAAAGCCUUCCGACCAAUUAUUGUGGUGCUAAUGGCCCGAGCAUGUAAUAUUCAUCAUAAUAACUCCCGAGAUAUGCAAGCCAGCCAGCGCUCCAUAGCCUUAAUUGCAGAAAUGAUCCACACUGCUAGUCUGGUUCACGAUGAUGUUAUUGAUGAUGCAAGUUCGCGAAGAGGAAAACAUACAGUUAAUAAGAUCUGGGGUGAAAAAAAGGCUGUUCUUGCUGGAGAUUUAAUUCUUUCUGCAGCAUCCAUAGUUUUGGCACGGACUGGAAACAUAGCUGUUGUGUCUAUUAUAACCCAAGUUCUUGAAGAUUUGGUGCGUGGUGAAUUUCUUCAGCUAGGGUCAAAAGAAAAUGAGAAUGAAAGGUUUGCCCACUACCUUGAAAAGACCUUCAAGAAGACCGCAAGUCUGAUAGCCAACAGUUGUAAAGCAGUGUCUGUCCUGGGUUGCCCUGACCCAGUGGUGCAUGAGAUUGCCUAUCAAUAUGGAAAAAAUGUGGGAAUAGCUUUUCAGCUCAUAGAUGAUGUUUUGGACUUCACCUCAUGUUCUGACCAGAUGGGCAAACCAACAUCUACAGAUCUGAAGCUUGGGUUAGCCACUGGCCCUGUCUUGUUUGCUUGUCAGCAGUUCCCAGAAAUGAACGACAUGAUAAUGAGACGGUUCAGUUUGCCAGGGGAUGUGGCCAGAGCUCGACAGUAUGUUUUAGAGAGUGACGGCGUGCAACAAACCACCUACCUCGCUCAGCGAUACUGCCAUGAAGCAGUAAGAGAGAUCAGUAAGCUUCGACCAUCCACAGAAAGGGACGCCCUCAUUCAGCUUUCAGAAACUGUGCUUACAAGAGAUAAAUGACAGCUACUUCUGUUUUUCCUGGCAGCUAUUUUACCAGACUGUGCCUAACGAAUUUUGUGAAAUACUGCUUCAUGUGCAGAUAACCAAAAAUCAUUUUAAAAAAUAAUUUCAACCUUAUUGAUGGGCAAUUUUUUUUAUUGGCAAAUUUUUUCAGAAAACUUUUUAAAUGUAAUUAAACCACCAUCAUUAUAGUCCUAUAAAUUCUAACUGAGGUACCCUGAUGGUUAUAUGUGGUAUUGUUUACAUUGUUAAUAUCCACAUGUAAAGCCAUUACACAAAUAAAUAAUCAGCGUUAAAA